UUUGUCGCGAGGUCUCCCGUCAUGCUGUGUGUUUGUAGUGUUGCUGUGUCAGUGUGAGUAGGAUCGCUUUCUUUCAUCAGUCAUAAUGUCCGGCAGUAACGCAUACAGACUGCGCUGCUCUCUCCCCGCGCACGAGAUGGAUGUCAGGGGCCUCGCCGCCGCCGCGUAUCCAGACGGAGCGUUUGUGUCCGUGUCCAGAGACCGAACUGCACGGGUCUGGGUACCAAACCCAAGUGAAAACCAGGUUUUUACAGAGAUGCACUGUAUGAACGGCCACUCAAACUUUGUGUCUUGCGUGUGUAUCAUCGCUCCUAAUGAAACAUACCCCCGAGGACUCAUCGCCACUGGAGGACAUGACAAUAACAUCUGUGUGUUUUCACUAGACCGACCAGACCCUCUGUUCACCCUCAAGGGUCACAAAAACACAGUCUGCACACUCUCAGCUGGCAAGUUUGGCACAAUACUAAGUGGCUCAUGGGACACAACAGCCAAAGUCUGGCUUGGAGAGAAGUGCAUGAUGACCUUACAGGGACACACCGCUGCUGUAUGGGCCGUAGUCAUUUUGCCAGAGCAGGGCUUAAUGCUGUCUGGAUCAGCUGACAAGACCAUCAAAUUAUGGAAGGCUGGUCGCUGUGAGAAUACCUACACUGGUCACGAGGACUGUGUGCGAGGACUCGCUGUGAUAAACGAGGUGGAGUUUCUCUCCUGCAGUAAUGACGCCAGCAUUAGACGGUGGAUGGUGACGGGUGAAUGUGUGCAGGUUUACUAUGCUCACACUAACUAUAUCUACAGCCUUGCUGUCUUCCCUAACGGACAAGACUUCAUAAGCACAGGAGAGGACAGGACACUGAGGGUCUGGAGGAAGGGGGAAUGUUCCCAGACUAUCCGUCUUCCUGCCCAGUCGGUGUGGUGCUGCUGCAUUCUGCCUGAUGGAGACAUUGCUGUGGGAGCCAGCGAUGGCGUUAUCCGCGUGUUCACCGAGAGCGAAGAGCGUGUAGCGAGUGCUCAGGACCUACAGGUUUUUGAGGAUGAACUCUCCAAAGCCAUCAUUGACCCCAAGACUGGAGACUUGGGCGACAUCAAGAUAGAGGACUUACCUGGCAGAGAGCACCUGAAUGAACCAGUGAUGUAUGAAGGCAAGGAGUAUGACUUCGUCUUCUCUAUCGAUGUGAAUGAGGGAGGUCCUGGCUUGAAGCUGCCUUACAAUGUGACGGACGACCCCUGGCUGACAGCUCACAACUUCCUGCAGAAGAAUGAGCUGAGCCCCAUGUUCUUGGAUCAGGUGGCUAAUUUCGUCAUCGAGAACACUAAAGGCCACACUCUAGGCCCAGCCCCCGCCACGUCCACAGACCCCUUCACAGGUGCGGGACGGUACAUUCCGGGUUCAGGAAGUGGCGACCAAGGAUUUGCCGCUGAUCCUUUCACAGGGGCUGGACGAUAUAUACCCGAGUCAGGAGGAUCCACAGGCACGGUGUCUUCAGGGGGAGCUGAUCCUUUUACUGGUGGCAGUGCCUAUUCCUCUUCCUCUCUUCCGAAAGCUACGACAAACAUCUUCUUCCCCAGUACGGAUGGAGUUAUGUUUGAACAGGCGAAUUCAACUCAGAUUCUUGGUAAGCUUCGGGAGCUGAACAACACUGCUCCUGCGGACCGUAAGCUGAGUGACGCAGCACUGGACUGUCUGGAGAAGUUGUUGCACGUAGUAACAGACCUGAAGAGUCAGGAACAGCCCACGGCAGAGCAGAUGAGUGUUCUGUGGAGGACUAGCCACUGGCCAGAAGACAUUGUCUUCCCAGUGUUGGACAUCCUGCGUUUGGCUGUGCGCCAUCCUGAAGUCAACGCCCAGCUUUGUGGAGGGACUGAAGGUGCCAGUCUUUGCAACCAUCUCCUGGGUCUCAUGUCCCCUGAGAGCAGGCCCGCAAAUCAGAUGCUGGUGCUCCGCAUUCUCUGCAACUGUUUCUCUGGGUCCCAUGGCCGCGCUCUUCUCUUGGGUCACCGUGACACAGUCCUGUCCCGGGCCGGAGACCUCCGCGUCGUCUCCAACAAGAACAUCCACGUGGCGCUGGCUACCCUGGUGCUCAACUACGCUGGAAGGUUGUACGGUCAACCCACUGAGAUCGAGGCGAAGGCACAGUGCUUAUCAGUGGCCAGCACUGCCUUAGAGGUCGUACACGACAAAGAGGCCGUCUUCAGGCUGCUGGUGGCCCUGGGGACCACAGUGGCCGGGGACAGCACCGCAAAGGACCUUGCACGAUCUUUGGGUGUCAACUCUCAGAUUUCUAAAUAUGCCAGGGUCUCUGAUCCGGCUAAAGUGGGCGAGUGCUGCCGACUAGUGCUUGAUGAACUGAAGUGACGUCAACCGACUUCUCCUUCCAUUACUACUCCUCCAUGAGAAAACCCCUCUUUCAGAUCUCUUAAACCGCAGUCUGUAUAUCAUUAGUUUGUAUUUAAAUUUUCACAUUUCGAUGCUGAAUGGAUCUGAAUGAAUGCAUGAUAUGAAUAAACACUGAUGAUUAAUUGAAAUCUUUCCUAAAGCAAGGCUCAUGUUAUUGAGGAAGAUCAGAGGU